AUCAUAUCGAAAAAUGUAGCUGAUGCUGCACAGCAAAAUGAGAUGAAGCGCAGAGAACUCAUUGGUCAGGUCAGUCAAGUAGCAUUAAAAAUAUUCUUGGAGUGCUUUGAGAGUUUAAAUAUCAUGGUCAGUCCAACCACUGCACAGCCAGAUAGCAAUCUCGCUGGUUCCACUGUUAGCAAUGUGAAUCUGAUCAAGCCUACUAGUGCAAAAUUAAAAACUGUCGAGACAGAAGUUAACGGGUCGAAUACCAUUCGAUCACCCGUUCCCGAGCCACUGAAAGAGUCAACGAGCAAUUACGAGGAAAAUGAAAAAGCUUCCCAAGAAAACGAGCCAACAAGAAAAAUCAUACCUCCUGCACCUAUACCAGCAGUUAAUGUUUGGCAAGUAAGAAAGGAGGCCAUGAAUGCCAGAAAGGUGACAGAAGUUGUUAACCUUAAUGAUAAGGAAAAAGAAGUCGUAGGUGAUAUCAAGAAAAUCGAAGCACGGGAAAUUGAUCAACAGGAACACACGAAUGUAUUUGUCAAUAUACAUAAUCAUUCACCGAAUGAAAUAAAUAUCAUUCCUGCGUUCGCACAGGGAAGGAUUAUCAUCUUUGCUAAUGUUAGAAACUUCAACAACUAUCUGCCGGCCGAAAUUAGCCCACAUUUUGAUGUUAAACGAGCAUCUAAGAAAGAAUCAAAGAAAUCAAAACCCCCACCGAUAUUACCGCCGCUAGAAGAUCAAAGUAGCUGGCCUGCUCCGGCUGAAGCUUUGACUAAGGAUAAAGGAAAAGAACCUGUAGACCCCAUUGAAAAAAAGUCGUCCAAUGAUAACGGCAUUAAAAAAGAUGAAAGCCCUAAGAGAGGCAAGGGUAAAUGGAUCCCAUAUCCGAUCGUUACACAAAAUACGCCGUCAUCUAAUCACGAUAGGGCAAAACCUCGACGCCGUAGUGAGGAUCAUGUUGGAUUACGUGAACGUGGGCCGAGUGAAAAAGUUCAUAACACGGAACCAGAGGCUCAAACCGUAACUAAUAGUAAUCAAGGUAGACGUCGUGCUAGUGUUCCUCCACCGGCGAGAGAAUACGGCCGAAGGUAUUCACAACCUGCUGACGGUCAAAUUGGGCAUCAUUCAAAUGGAUAUCGUGGUGGUCGAAGGGGUGGACGAGCUGGGUUUAACCGAGUAAAGGCUCUUACAAUGGACUUUGAUCUUAUCCGUGAGGCUCUUCUUAAUAGUUACAUUGUUGAAGUUAAGGAUGAUAAAGUGAGAAAACGCGAAGGAUGGGAAUCUUGGCUAUUGCCAAGACAAUACGACAUGGUUGAACAACAGGAAGGAAUGGAGUAUUCUAAUGGCCAAGCAAUAACUGAAGCUGUUAGUUAUCCACAAUGUGAUGUUCAUGAAGAAGACGAGAACAAAGAAAACCAAGAAAUGCCAACAAUUCCAGAAAGUAUUUCUGAAAAUGGAUCGUCAGACGUGUCAAAUCCAUGGAUUUUGCAUACAAAAAAACGACGCGCAUUGUCUUCAUCGACCAAAUCUUCUCGCGAGGUUCAGAGACAAAUUUCAUCGCCAGCAGCCGACGAGGAACUCUUUCAAUUCGACGAAGAUUGGACUGGGGAUUCAAGAAAUAAUACAAAGAAAAGAGAUAAAAGUCACGUUCACUUUGAGAGAAAGGCAAUGAAUGGGGUACCGCAAGGACAUCACAGCCCUAACUCCAAAGUCAACCAUAAAAACGCUCCGGAUACCCGUCAAUAUUUCGCACAAGAGGCAGUUGGAUGGGUGCUCGGCGAUCAACCUUAUCAUCCUUCGGAAGGUACGUCACAAGCAGGUCUACAAUAUUCACCACCAAAUCAUAGUGGUGGCUCAAACAGUUUUCCGGAGCAACUAUCUUCAUCUGCUGAUCAGGCGCGAUCAUUUCCUGCAUUUCAACAUCCGAGUCAUGAUCUUUUACGUGAGAAUGGAUUCAUUCAACAUAAAUACUACAAAUAUCAUGCCAAAGCUUUGAAAGAACGCAAACGUCUAGGUAUUGGCCAUUCUCAGGAGAUGAAUACCCUCUUCAGAUUCUGGUCCCACUUUUUGCGUGAGCAUUUUAAUAAACGCAUGUAUUCCGAAUUUAAGAAGCUUGCGGUUGAGGAUGCCAACGCAAAUUAUCGUUACGGACUUGAAUGCUUAUUCCGAUUUUAUUCUUAUGGUCUUGAGAAAAGAUAUCGUCAAAACUUAUUCGACGAUUUUCAAGAAUUGACUUUGACUGACUAUGAAAAGGGGUAUCUUUAUGGGCUUGAGAAAUUCUGGGCCUAUCUAUAUUAUAGAAAAGACAAAGAUAAGAGAAAAAUUGAAGUUUGUGAAAAGCUAAAGCAACAUGUUGAGAAAUAUAAGAACAUUGAAGACUUUAGACUUGCUCACAAAUCUUUGCACCCCCAUUCAUCAAAUCUUCAUUACACAACAUCUAACAAUAAUGCAUCAUCUACAUCAUCUGUG